GUGCGUUCGACUUUGAAGGUAAAAUAAUGCCAGCACCAGCUCGCGCCGAUGCCUCCAAAGUCGCGAAAAAUCAGGUCGAGGCAUCUCCUCUAUGGUAUCAAAAUAUACCCAAGCUGCCUGGGUCAUCUACCGCUCUCCCGCCCGUCACGUCUGCUAAACUGUCCUCCCUGAUGGAGCGCGGCGCAUCUCUCCAUGCGACGGCCGUUGAGACAUACCAGUCCAAGUCAUCAUCAACAGUCACAUCAUCCAGCUCAGAUUAUGCAUUCUUGCAGAAAAUAUUACACUCAGGCACGCUGUCAGACAGGCUCAGUGCUCUUACGCUCCUCGUGCAAAGCAGCCCACUACACAACACAAAAGCAUUGGAAACUCUGAAGGCGAUGGCCGAGCGGGGGAAAGGCAAAGGAGGCCGGGAAGAAAGUCUGAAGGCUUUGCGAUGUAUACUCGAUUGGUGGGUUGGAGGCGGCGCGCCGAACCGGAAGUUGAAGUAUCUACGUGAUCAGCCUCUAUCACACCAGAGUGUCAAGGAUGAUCAUAUUCUCAUUUGGUACUUCGAGGAUUGGCUGAAGAAGUAUUUUUUCUCCAUCCUCCAAAUAUUAGAGGUCCUUUCAAUGGACCCAUUGGCAUAUGUGCGCACACAAGCACUAUCCUUAACGUACACGCUCCUUCGCGAAAAACCUGAACAGGAGCACAAUCUACUUAGGCUGCUUGUCAACAAACUAGGCGAUUCAGAAAAAUCUAUAUGUUCUCGCGCUUCAUAUCAUCUCCUUCAACUCCUACAAGCUCAUCCGUCUAUGAAAGGUGUCGUCGUACGCGAGAUGACGUCCCUCAUCCUUCGACCGAGCAUUAACACACCCGCCACUGCCCCAACUACCAAUACGCACAUCCGCUUCACCGAUGAGACGACCACUUCCAAGCCGAAACCAAAACCUAAACCUAAACUGAAGCCCGAUGGAGCUACAAAGAAAACGAGCAACGACCAUGCACGCUACUAUGCGACGAUAACGCUUAACCAGAUUGUGUUCGUUCCGGGGGACAAAGAUGUCGCUGUACAGGUCAUCGAUGUAUAUUUUCAGAUGUUCAAGGAUUUAUUAGGGGAGAGUCGAUCUUUUGACAAAAAAGAGAAUGCCGAAGAUCAGGACGGAGAACCUGUAGGGAAGAAGAAAAAGCGGAAGACAAGCAAAGAAGUCGUUGGCGAUGGUGGUUUUGCGGAAGUUGAAGAUGCGUCUUCAAAAUCGAUUUCCGCCAUAUUGACAGGUGUGAAUCGUGCGUUGCCCUACGCAAAACUGGGGCCAUCGGAUGUCAGCUUGAACAAGCACAUAGACACGCUAUUCCUUAUCACGCAUACCUCAACCUUUAACACCUCUUUGCAAGCCCUACUACUCAUUCAGCAGAUAUCAUUAUCGCUUUCCCAGUCAUCCGAGUCGUCAUCGUCUGCACUCUCGAAGAGCAUUGUGGAUCGCUACUACCGAACAUUAUACCAGUCUUUACACGAUGGUCGCCUUGCCUCGUCCUCAAAACAGACUAUGUACUUGAACCUACUCUUCAAGUCUCUCAAGGUCGAUAACAACUCCGAUCGCGUGAAGAGCUUCGUCCGCCGGUUCGUACAAGUACUUGCCAGUGGUAGCGCUGGCGGGACAGAGUUCAUUGUAGGAGGAUUAUAUCUCCUAGGAGAAUUGUUUAGUACGGUUCCAGGCUUGCGAGACCUAUCUAAGGGAUCCCGUUCCACUUCUGAAGAGCAAUACGACCCACGAAAGCGAGACCCGCAGUUCGCUCACCCAUCAGCUUCUCCCUUGUUCGAAUUGAUCCCCCUCAUACACCACUAUCAUCCGGCUAUCUCCUUGCAUGCACAACAACUCCUCUCCGGUCAACCUAUCACAUCAAGCCCAGAUCUAUCCUUAAAUACACUUUCUCAUUUCCUCGAUCGAUUCGUCUACAAAAAUCCCAAAAAACCAAAACCAAAAGGCUCCAGCGCCAUGCAGCCAUCAGCCAGCACGAACGACGGGAUUGGCGUGAAGUUAUUAAAAGGCGAAUCUUCUGGGGGUGCUUUACCGAAUGACGAGAAAUUCUUGCAUAGGCGGUUACAGGAUAUACCUGUUGACGAGGUCUUCUUCCAUAAAUACUUUUCGAGGAAACGCGAAACAGAUAAGAGCAAAACCGCCAAUACCGGCAAAGGGGAUAGUGAGGCAGAGGAAUCGGAUGAUGCUUCUGAACUAGAUGCUUCAGCAAGCGAGGCAGAGGAAGCACAGGACACAGACGUAGAUGAUGCCGAACGCGAUGAUGAUGUCGAGGAAGACAGUGACGCUGAAGAGGCAAAUAUAUGGAAGGCGAUGAAAGCAAGCAUGCCUGACAUGGCAGGGAAUGAAGACCUCAUGGCGGAUAGCGACAGCGUUGCUUCAGGCCUUGAUGAUUCCGAUGGGGAGAUUGACGUUGAUGAGGAGAUUGACGUCGAUGAUGAAGAUGGAGAUGGUUCCGGCGAUGAUUUCUCCAUGGUCGAGGCUUCUGACAACGAGGAUCUCAUCAGCUUAGAUGAGGUUCCUCAGGGUCUCAUUGAGUAUGACGCUGAUGAAGAUGGCGGCGACGGCGAAGAACAAUGGAACGGCUUCGGUGAUACGAAGAAACGGAAACAGGAGAACGAUUCCAAACGUGAAAAACGGAAAAAACUGAGAAGCUUGCCAACAUUUGCAAGUUACGAAGACUAUGCAAAGAUGAUCGAAGACGGUCCCGAGGACGACAUAUAACAUUAGUGGGAUAUGUAUCUUACAUUAUCAAGCAAUGCGUUUUAUUUCCCGGUCCUAUUUACGUGCUGACCGCCGCAGCGCCCAUCUCU